ACACCUGAUAUAUUCACAAAUAAUAUAAAUGUGAAUAGAAACAUGCGACUUAUUCUCGAUACUUUUGGUUGUUCUUUGAAUUUGCCUGAAUGAUUGAAGAAUGUCUUCACGUAUAAUAAUUAAACAGUUACCAAAAGAUAUAACAAAAGAUCGUCUUGUUGCACACAUUUUGAAAAUCUGUCCCAAUGUAGAAGUAACAGACUGUAACCUCAAGUACACUCGUGAUGGAGUUUUUAGAAAGUUUGCCUUCGUCGGCUUCAACAGUACAGACCAGGGUGAUGCUGUGCAGAAAAAAUUAAAUGGAACAUUUAUUCGAACCACUAAAAUUCUGGUUGAUAAAGCAACAGAUAUAGGGGACUCAAAGAUUAAAGUAUGGAGCAAAUACUCCUUACAGAAGAACAGCCAAUCAUCAACAACAAAGUCAGCUGAAAAACCUGCGGCCACCUCAAAUCCUGUUGAAAAACCUAAUGAAGAGGAGAAAACUCCAGCUAAAGAAGAAAAACCUCCAGCUCGCACAGGGUUCGUACUGAAGAUGAAAGGACUUUCAGGAUUCUACACCGAGAAAAGUAUCAAAGAAUUUUUCAAACCAAUCAAAUUAAAAGCCGUUAGAAUUCCCAGAAAUGCUCAGAAGAAACCAAUUGGUGUGGCAUAUGUUGAAUUGCCAUCAGAAAAAGAGCUGGAACUCGCCAUGGGAAGGAACAAAAAUUUUAUAAAUGGUAAAAAAGUAUUUUUAAAGAAAUCAACAGAGGAGUUGGAACCUGAGACAAAGUUACCUGCCCCUCCCCCUUGGGAGUUGAAGGCCAAAGAGUCAAGCCUACAAGAAGUAGAGAGCAUUGCAGAGUCUGGUCGUUUAUUUGUUCGCAAUCUCUGGUUUGGUGUGACAGAGGAGGAACUGGAAGAGUUAUUUGGGAAAUUUGGUCCUUUGACAGAAGUUGUCCUUCCAGUUGACCCACUCACCAAAAAGGUCAAAGGUUUCGCACAUGUUGUGUUUGUGUUCCCUGAACAUGCACUCAAGGCCUUCACAGAACUGGACUACACCAGUUUACAUGGCCGUCUGCUUCACAUCCUGCCCGGCAGGGAGGUCAAGGAGGAGAGUGAAUCCUCAGAAAAAUCUUCGUACAAAAAAAAGAAAGAUUUGCAGCAAAAGUCAAAUAAUGCAAGCUCACACAACUGGAACGCCCUGUUCCUGGGCGCCAACGCAGUGGCUGAUGCCAUGGCACAGAAGUAUCACACAGACAAAAGUAAUAUUCUAGAUGACGACACCAGAGGCAGUGUUGGAGUCAGGCUGGCUUUGGGUGAGACACAAAUCAUCAACGAGACCAGGGAAUUUCUCAUUUCUAACGGAGUGGCUCUAGACAGCUUUAGUCAGGCCGCAGGGGCCAGAAGCAAGACGGUCAUCCUGGUGAAAAACUUGCCCCUGGGGGUGACCACGGAUGAACUGAGAGACAUAUUCAACAAGUACGGGUCAGUGAACCGCGUCGUCCUGCCCCCCACCGGCAUCACGGCCAUUGUUGAGUACCUGGAGCCAUCAGAGGCCAGACAAGGUUUCAUGAAGCUCAACUUCUCCAAGUUUCGCUCCAUUCCCCUCUACCUGGAGUGGGCCCCCAUGACUGUAUUUGUCAAACCUGCAGCGCCCAGUCAGGAGAAGAAAGAAGACAACUCAGAGGAGGGUGGCAGGGAGGAAGAAAAGAAAGCCACGUCUAGUCAGGAGGAGAAAACAGAAGAGAAAGCUAAUGAUGAGGAAGUUCCUGAAGAGGAGGCCACUAUUUUUGUUAAAAACUUGAACUUCUCCACAACAGAUGAACAGCUAUUAGAGCAUUUCAAAGCAAUAGGCAACAUUUAUUCAGCCACAGUGUCUAAGAAAAAAGAUGCCAAAAAGCCAGGUGAACUCCUGUCCAUGGGCUAUGGUUUUGUUCAGUUCAUGAAGAAAACAGACGCGAAAGAAGCCUUGAAACAGCUACAGAACUCGAUGUUGGAUGGUCACAAUCUGGAACUAAAGAUCUCAAACAGGACGUCACAUCAGGUCACAGGUCGUCAGAAACAGGCAGAAACCAAACAGAAAUCCACCAAAAUUUUGGUCAGGAAUAUUCCAUUUGAAGCCAAGAAAAAAGAAAUUGAAGAGUUAUUCAAGGUGUUUGGUGAACUGAAGUUUGUACGUCUGCCCAAGAAACUGGGAGGGACAGGCCCACACAGGGGCUUUGCUUUUGUUGACUUUGUCACUAAGGAAGAUGCCAAGAGAGCUUUCAGCGCCCUCUGUCAUUCUACUCAUCUUUACGGGCGUCGCCUGGUUCUGGAGUGGGCAGAGGUGGAGGAGAGCCUGGACGACCUCAGGAGGAAAACUGCCCAGCAUUUUAGUGAUGAUGGGCCAAAAAGAAAAGUCACAAAAUCAAGUUUACUGGAGGAGUUACAAUCAUAAACAACCUGACAUUACAUAUGAAAUAAUUUUACCA